UGUGUGUUUGUUUUACCUGGAAGACCCCAGAGAAGAGGAGCCAUAAUGGAUACACGAACUUACCAGAUGUGGUGCAGCCGUCACAUUCUCCCACGGAUUCAGCCUCUCACUCCUCUCCAGGAAAGGACUCUGUUUAUGAUUAUCAGUCCAGGGGUUUGGUGAAAGCCUCGGGCAAGUCUUCCUUCACCACCUUUGUGGAUCUUGGCAUGUACCAGUCACCAGGUGGUACAGGGGAUAACGUGUCAAUCAGCGGCUCUAGAUUUGAGCAGCUGAAGAUGGAAGUGCGGAAAGGAUCCAUGGUGAAUGUGAACCCCACCAACACACGCCCCCCGAAUGACACGCCUGAGAUCCGCAAGUACAAGAAGCGCUUCAACUCUGAGAUCCUGUGUGCUGCGCUGUGGGGUGUGAAUCUGUUGGUGGGCACGGAGAAUGGCUUGAAGCUGCUGGACCGUAGUGGUCAAGGAAAAGUUUACCCACUCAUUAACUCCCGGAGGUUCCAGCAGAUGGAUGUUCUGGAGGGGCUCAACCUGCUCAUCACCAUAUCGGGUAAGAAGAACAAGGUACGUGUGUACUACCUGGCAUGGCUGAGGAAUAAGAUCCUCCACAACGACCCGGAGGUGGAAAAGAAGCAAGGUUGGACCACUGUGGGGGAAAUGGAGGGCUGUGUUCACUACAAAGUGGUGAAAUACGAGAGGAUAAAGUUCCUGGUGAUUGCUUUAAAGAACGCGGUGGAGGUUUAUGCUUGGGCACCCAAACCUUAUCAUAAAUUCAUGGCUUUCAAGUCUUUUGCAGACCUGCCACAUAGGCCCGUGCUGGUCGACCUGACAGUAGAAGAAGGCCAGAGGUUGAAGGUCAUCUACGGUUCCUGCGCUGGGUUUCACGCUAUCGACGUGGACUCUGGAAACAACUAUGAUAUUUACAUCCCUGUUCAUAUCCAGAGCCAAGUGACCCCGCACGCGAUCGUGUUCCUCCCCAACUCUGACGGCAUGGAGAUGCUGCUUUGCUACGAGGACGAAGGGGUUUAUGUCAACACCUAUGGACGUAUAAUAAAGGACGUGGUCCUGCAGUGGGGGGAGAUGCCCACAUCUGUUGCUCAUAUCUGCUCGAACCAGAUUAUGGGCUGGGGGGAAAAGGCCAUAGAGAUCCGAUCUGUGGAGACUGGCCACCUGGACGGGGUCUUCAUGCACAAGAGAGCUCAGAGACUGAAGUUCCUUUGCGAAAGAAAUGACAAGGUGUUUUUCGCUUCGGUGCGCUCAGGAGGCAGCAGCCAGGUGUACUUCAUGACUCUGAACAGAAACUGCAUCAUGAACUGGUGAAGCGGCCACUGCUGCGGUCAGUGCAUAGAACCCAGCAGGGGUCCGGAGAGCCCAGUGCAUCCGACAUUCUCCCUAAAGCAUGCACACAAUUACAAACACUACUGUUACCCUAAAGCUCCUGCAUACUUAUGUACUCCUACUGCAAAAAAACUAAACAAAAAGCAAAGACAUCCAGAGCUCACACAGCAACAAGAUAAAACAAAACAACACAGCAAAAAAACAACCUCUAAAUCCAUUCCAGCCGACACUCCUUAAGAUGCAGUUUUUUUCUCAAACCCCCUACGACACUCUACCUGGAAUAAACAUGAAAAAAAUCGCUGAUGAGAUUUAAAUUUUAAUAUCCUUGAUUAGUCUGGACUGUGAAUAUAUAUCCUAGCUUGAUUUAGUUACUGUCUUUAGUUUGGAUUCUUUCUAAUUGUGACGUAUGUUUAACAUUCCUAUGUUUGAGGAGGGCAUCAUUUACAAAAGCUGUGUUUCAAAGUCAAUAAGGUUUGAGCUAGAAUCUGUUUCUAGUCGAUGAACCGCUGUUCACCCUCCUUAAUAUUUAGCGGUUCACUGAGUUCUUGCUACGUAUAAAGAUUGACCUGGAAGAUUAGUCAAGUCGAGGUCUAGAGGCUUUAAGUACUCUUGAUAUUUGUAAACCCUGUUUUUUGUCACAGCAAUCAGGCCAUGAAUCUUUUAAAUAUAUCAAUAAAUUUUGGUUCAAAAUAAA